AUGACUAGCCAUUCCGUGGCCGAGUCAUCCACCCCACCACAAGCGACGACAACAAUCACCAUCACGCCAACCGCCCGCCUCAAGCGAGCCGCCACCACCACCUCUCUCGACGACGCCGCCGCCGCCGCCGCCGCCGCCGCCGCCGCCGCCUCCUCCGUCUCCUCCGUCCUCGCCACCGGCCUCCCCAUGUCCAUCCUCGCCAUCGCCGCCACCGACCCCGCCCUCGCCUCCACCCUCCUCGCCUCCGAAAUCCUCGCCCUCCUCUCCGCCCAAACCGCCACCGCCACGGAGGCCGCCGCCACCACCAUCUCCACCCCCUCCUGGUACCGCGCCCUCCCCACCGACGUCCGCUCCUACCUCGCCUCCGCCGCCUCCUCCAUCUCCGCCGCGCAAGCCGCGCAAGCCGCAACCGCAACCUCCACCGCAACCUCCGCUCCGUCAUCCUCAUCCUCAACAGAAGAAAACGACUCCCCCGCCUCCUCCUCCGGCAGCUCCACCACCCACAACUCGCCCGAAUCCGCCGCCACCCGCGCCAAACACUACUCGACCUCGGCCGCCGCGUACGCCAUGUCGGGCGGCGCCAUCGCGGGCGUGCUGCUCAGCGGGCUGGGCUUCCUGCUGCUGAUGGCGGGGCUGUUCGCGUGGCGCGCGCGGCUGGGCCCGUUUGCGUGGCGGUGUUGUCUGGGUGGCGGCAGGCGCGGGGCCCGCGGGUGCGAGGGGUACGAGAGGGCGGCGAGUGCGGCGGCGGCGGCGAAUGCGAGUAGGGUGGCGGUGCUGAGGAGGGAGUUCAAGGGGAGUCGGUUGGAUGUGGAUGUUGUUGAUGAGGGUGGUGGUGGUGGUGGUGGUGGUGGUGGGAGGACGGAGGGGGGCGUGAUGGAGAUGGGGGAGAUGGGGGGUGCGGGGAAGAAGGGGGGGAGGGAGGGGAGGGGGGAAGGGGCAGGUGGUAGGGAUGGAGAUGGGCUGAGGGGGGAUGGGGAGAGCGCGGUUACGGCGUUGCCGAGGUAUCGGCCGUCGAUUUUGGGGGAUGCGGCGACCUGGACGACGGGUUGGCCGAGCGUGUGGCUUUCGAAGGGGUAG